AUGGCAGAAGAAUUAGAUAUUGGAAAACUUAUGCAGGCCAUAUCCCUUGGUGAGAUCAAGAAAUUGAAAAAGAGUGAGUUGAAGGCAGUCGCCAGUCACGUGGGCUUGAAGAUAGAGUCAAAGCUGAGAAAGGAUGAAAUAGUUGACAUUUUAUCUGACCAUUUUGGACUCGAGUCAGUAGAUCGCAAAGGCAACGGCAAUAUUGAUGUUGAGUUAGCGAAACUAGAAUUAGAGAAAGAGAGACUAAAAGUUGAAGCCAAGCAAUUAGACAUAAAGAAGUUGGAAAUGGAAUCUAGUCUGAAGUAUACUCGGUUUGAUUUGGCUAAAGAAUCAAGACUGGUGCCAAAAUUUUGCGAGGAUGAAAUUGAUGCUUUCUUUUUGGCUUUUGAGAAGUUAGCUAGGAGGUUAGAUUGGCCUAAGCAAUUUUGGACGCUGCUUAUUCAGACUGCUCUUGUUGGUAAGGCCCAAGAGGUAUUUUCGUCUUUGUCUGAAAAAGAAUCGGAAAAUUAUGAGUCAGUAAAGGCAGUUAUUUUAUCUGCAUAUGAAUUAGUACCUGAGGCUUAUAGGCGGCAGUUUCGGGAGGCUAGGAAAAAGUCAGAUCAAACAUACGUUGAGCUUGUAAGAGAAAAGACGAUGUAUUUUGAUCGCUGGGUCGGUGCUUUGAAAAUCAAAUCUGAUUAUGAGUCUCUUAGGGAAGCAAUGAUCUUAGAGGAUUUCAAGGGUUCUUUGCCUACUCAGACUAGACUACAUGUUGAGGAGCAAGGGAUUACCCAGCUGCAUAGGGCUGCUGUAGUAUCUGAUGAGUAUGAACUGUUGCACAAGAAUAAAGUGGGCCCUAAAUUUGAGAGUGUCAAGGAAGGGUCGCUACCCAGGUCAAAUGUUAGGUCAGAUAUGAACUCUCAGUCCCAGCAUGAAAGCAAAGCAGGUGAUCCGCAGGGUGCGCGGGGUAAAUCUAAAUUGCAAUGCACGUAUUGUUCAAAGAAAGGACAUACAGAAUCAAAAUGUUGGAGGUUAGCAUAUGAUAAACAUGACAAGAAGGAAGUGAUGUUCAUCAAACCGAGUACAACAGAGCAGGUUGGUAGAGAAGUAGACCGAGGAGAUAAAUGUCGUUUGACUAAGUCUGUUGAUGAUUCAGUAGAAGGGGCGACUGAUGGUUUUCGCAGUUUUCUGUCUCAUGGUACUGUGUCUCACUCUGAUGGCGAAUCUAGGCCAGUUGUUAUCCUUCGGGAUACUGGGUCGUUGCAAAGCCUGUUAGUUGCAGAUGUCGCACAUUUGCCUGAGGAUAGUUGGACAGGGCUAUAUGCGCUUGUAAGGGGCAUUGGGGAAGGCUAUAUCUCGGUGCCACUGUACAAGGUAUUCCUAGAGAGUGAUAUUGUUUCUGGGUUGGUUUCAAUUGGUGUAGUUUCUAGUCUGCCAAUGGAGGGCGUGCAUAUGUUAAUGGGCAAUGACUUAGCCGGUGAGAGAGUUAGAGGUUCGCCUAUAGUGUCUGAUGAUCCUGUUUCUGGAGCCGAGACUGAGCAAUUGCAGGAUGACUUCCCUGGCAUAUUUCCUGCAUGUGCAGUAACAAGGUCGCAACUUCGUAGGUCUAAGAGAGAUGAUGCUGAGUCGGUGGAGUUGAGUGAUAAUUCGGAGGUCUUGUUGGCGGAAACGUUCUUCCAGGAUUUGGAGAGGAGGGCGGACGAGACAGAGUCUAAUGGUGAGAGGUAUUGUCGGUCAUCUCUGAUCAAGGCUCAAAACGGUGACCCUUCACUUCAGCGGUUGUUUGCAGUGGCAAUUUCUGAGGAGGAAGCUCAAGAUAGCCCACAGUGUUUCUACAUAAAAUCCGAGGUCCUGAUGAGGAAGUGGAGGCCUCCGUCAAGACCAGCCACAGAGGAAUGGUCGAUACUUCACCAGAUUGUUUUGCCUCAGUCUUAUCGGCAGGAGGUUCUGAGGAUGGCACAUGAAAUUCCGGUAGGCGGUCAUCUAGGCACCAGGAAGACCCGGUCUAAAGUUACCAAGCAUUUCUUUUGGCCCGGCUUACAUAAAGAUGUGUCGGAAUUUUGCAGGUCUUGCCACACUUGUCAGAUGGUGGGGAAGCCCCAACCUUCUUUGAAGCCCGCACCUUUGAUCCCAAUUCCGGCGUUAGGUGAACCUUUCAGUAGAGUGUUGGUAGACUGUGUCGGCCCAUUGCCUCGAACCAAGUCAGGGUGUAAAUAUCUUUUGACAAUCAUGGAUGUGUCCUCCAGGUUCCCUGAAGCAGUACCUUUAAGGACGAUUACAGCGAGGACGGUUUUAGAUGCAUUGUUGCACUUUUUUACGAGAUAUGGCCUUCCGAAGGAGAUACAGUCGGAUCAAGGAUCCAAUUUUAUGUCUGGUGUUUUCAAGCAGGUCAUGUCUGAAUUGGGUGUUCACCACCUCAGAUCCACAGCUUAUCACCCACAAUCACAAGGUGCAAUCGAGAGGUUUCAUCAGACUUUGAAGACGAUGAUCAAAGCAUACUGUGCAGAUUUUCCAGAUGAUUGGGAUAAGGGUAUUCCUUUCUUGUUAUUUGCUAUCAGAGAUGCUCCGAACGAGUCUACCACCUACACGCCUUUUGAGCUUGUGUUUGGACACGAGGUUCGGGGCCCCCUUAAGUUGGUCAAGGAGAAGCUCUUAGAGGAAGCAGGACCUGAAGAGUGCAAUAUCUUGGAGUAUGUAUCUAACUUCAGGGGUAGACUUUCAAAGGCAUGUGACCUGGCAAGGGAACACUUAAGGAUUUCACAGAAAGACAUGAAGGUCAGAGCUGAUCGGAAAGCCAAGGUUCGAAGUUUUUCGCCGGGUGACAAGGUGUUGGUACUCUUACCUAUUCCGGGGAACCUCUGA